CCCUUCCUCCCGGCGCGGCCGCCCUAGGGGCUGGAAAGAGCUGCUCUGGGCCCCGCGAGAGGAGUAAAGAAGGCUGGAACUUCACCACUGCACACUUGUGACAGUGAGCGAGCGGGAAGCGGAGACAGGCGAAGGGGCGGAGAGGAGAAGUGAGGCGACAGAGAGAGAGAGAGAGAGAGAGAGACCCCUGCCGAACCCGAGCCAGAGGGCGGGUGGGCGGAGGGGUAGGAGUCGCCCGGCCGUCCCGGAGCGGCGGCAGCUCCACGCCGCCUCCGCUGCCCGCCCGGAGCUGGGUCGUACACCCUCCGCGCCGGGCAGCUGCGCCCUUGCCGCCGCCGCAGCCGCCACCAGGGCCGAGCCGACCCGGGGCGCCCGGACGCCGUCUCCGCUCGUCUCCGCCGCGUCUCGUAGCCCCCGUCCCCUCCCCGCCGCUGGGGGCGGCUCCGGAGCUGCGAGACUGGACGGGGCUCGGGGGUCCGGACGCGCAGCCCCGGAGGAGGCGGAGGCACGCUCCUGCGAGCCCGCGGGUGAGCCGGCAGCCGGGUCGCCCCUGCCUCCUUUCCGCCGGAGUUGAAUCUGCGCUGCCGGUGUCCAGGUGCGGGGCUUCCGGGCGCUCGCGGACCCCCUCUCCCCGCCCGCGGCCGCCUUGUCAUGCUGCCCAAAGUGGAGACGGAAGCCCUUGGACUGGCUCGAUCGCAUGGGGAACAGGGGCAUCUGCCGGAAAACAUGCAAGUGUCUCAGUUUAAAAUGGUGAAUUACUCCUAUGAUGAAGACCUGGAGGAGCUGUGUCCGGUGUGUGGAGAUAAAGUGUCUGGGUACCAUUACGGUCUCCUCACCUGUGAAAGCUGCAAGGGGUUUUUUAAGCGAACAGUCCAAAAUAAUAAAAGGUACACAUGUAUAGAAAACCAGAACUGCCAAAUUGACAAAACACAGAGAAAGCGUUGUCCCUACUGUCGAUUUCAAAAAUGUCUAAGUGUUGGAAUGAAGCUAGAAGCGGUAAGAGCCGACCGAAUGCGUGGAGGGAGGAAUAAGUUUGGGCCAAUGUACAAGAGGGACAGGGCCCUGAAGCAACAGAAGAAAGCCCUCAUUCGAGCGAAUGGACUUAAGCUGGAAGCCAUGUCUCAGGUGAUCCAGGCAAUGCCCUCUGAGCUGAGCAUCUCCUCUGCCAUCCAGAGCAUCCAUUCUGCCUCCAAAGGCCUACCUCUGAACCACGCUGCCUUGCCUCCCACGGACUAUGACAGAAGUCCCUUUGUAACGUCCCCCAUUAGCAUGACGAUGCCACCUCAUGGCAGCCUGCAAGGUUACCAAACCUACAGCCACUUUCCCAGCCGAGCCAUCAAAUCCGAGUACCCAGACCCCUACACCAGCUCACCAGAGUCAAUAAUGGGCUAUUCCUACAUGGAUGGUUACCAGACCAGCUCCCCGGCGAGCAUCCCGCAUCUGAUACUGGAACUUUUGAAGUGCGAGCCAGAUGAGCCUCAAGUCCAGGCCAAAAUCAUGGCCUAUUUGCAGCAAGAGCAAGCCAACCGCAGCAAGCAUGAAAAGCUGAGCACGUUUGGGCUAAUGUGCAAAAUGGCCGAUCAGACCCUCUUCUCCAUCGUUGAGUGGGCCAGGAGUAGCAUCUUCUUCCGAGAGCUCAAGGUGGAUGACCAAAUGAAGCUGCUGCAGAACUGCUGGAGUGAGCUCUUAAUUCUCGACCACAUUUACCGACAAGUGGUACAUGGAAAGGAAGGGUCCAUCUUCCUGGUUACCGGGCAACAAGUGGACUAUUCCAUCAUUGCCUCCCAGGCUGGGGCCACCCUCAACAAUCUCAUGAGUCAUGCACAGGAGUUAGUGGCAAAGCUUCGUUCUCUGCAGUUUGAUCAACGAGAGUUUGUGUGUCUGAAAUUCUUGGUGCUCUUUAGUUUAGAUGUCAAAAACCUUGAGAACUUCCAGCUGGUAGAAGGUGUCCAGGAACAAGUCAAUGCCGCCCUGCUGGACUACACCAUGUGCAACUACCCACAGCAAACAGAGAAAUUUGGGCAGCUCCUUCUUCGACUACCUGAAAUCCGGGCCAUCAGCAUGCAGGCUGAGGAGUACCUCUACUACAAGCACCUGAACGGGGACGUGCCCUACAAUAACCUCCUCAUUGAAAUGUUGCAUGCAAAGAGAGCUUAAGUCACAACCCGCAGGAGCCCUGCUUUCAAAACAAAAAGAGAUUGGUGGGGGUGGGAGGGGAGAAGAACAGGAGGAAAGAAAGAAAACAAAAAUACUCUGAACUGCUCCAAGCAACACUAAUUAAAAACUUGGUUUAAAGAUAUUGAAUUUAAAAAGGCAUAAUAAUCCAAUACUUAGUAGCAAAUAAGUGAUGUAUCAGGGUAUUUGUAUUGCAACUGUGAAUCGAAGUCUUCACAUCCCCAGAGGAGUCCGUGCAAAGGACGCUGUAAUGGAGUGGACUGAACUCGCCCGGGAAUACCAGUGCCGCGUCCGAACGGGAAUGGACGGAACGAUUCUUGUAUAUUUAAACUGAUCUCCGCUGUGAAGAAAUUUAGCAACUGAUCUGUGUUAUUAAUUAGGCUCUGACAGCGGGGGAUUUGAGCUUACAGAAUUCCUCCACGGUAAAGCGGAACGGAAACAAUUCUCCAGAUCCAUCAGCUGGACCUAUAAUAGCCUGUCCCUCUUCCUUUCGAGGACCCAGCACCUUCUGUCCUGUGAUCGCAGAAUCUGUGCUAAGGACUUGUGCUGUGCCACACCCACUCGUAGCUCCACCAAAUUACGAAAAGCCUAAUUUUGAAUGUCUGUGUCUUAGACUUGCAAACAGCUAAUAAGAGCAGUCUAUUAAUCUGUUAGCUUGCCAUUUUAAAUAUGUUCUGGUUUGUUUUGUCAUGUGUUCACAAUGUUAAAAAAGCAGGCAGUAUCCCUCUUCUGACCUUCUAGAAGCGUUAAUUAAUAUUAGGGAAAUGACUACAAACUUUCAAAGCAGAUGCUCCAUAGCUCAAGCAAGCCAGACCUUGUUUCUGCUACUGUUACUGAAAUGUGGCUUUGGCAUUGCUGGAUUUCAUAAAAAAUAAAACAUGAACCAUAUUUUGCUAGGCUGUCAGAUAGUCACAGUUCUAAGUAGUUAAAAACCAAACCAAAGCAUGCUAAGCUAUGCAAAAAGAUGGGAAAGGAUGAGCUGAUAAAUUGAGUGACUCGAGGUUCGUUCUUGUUACAAUUGAACAUCCCCUAUACGUAAAUGGAAACAGUGAUUUUUACAUGUGGCCUGGAAAGACAUUAAAGUAAUUCAAAUCUUCCCCAGAAGGGAAAGGAAGAGAGUGAUACUGACCUUUCUAAGUCACAGACCAAAGUCUGCUACAGAACAAAUAUUGGAGGACAAAGAAUUGCAAACAAGUUCUCCAGGAGACACUAUCAGUAUUAUUAACAUGCAGUGCCACAGAUAUGGAGAUCUUGCCUUAUUUCACAAUUCUAAAAGGUAGCUGUGCAGAUGUGGAUCAACAUUUAUUUCAAAUAAAGUAUUAAUAAAGUCCAAUAAAACAUAGUGUUUACAUUCUUUAGGUCCUGUGGGGGAGGGGAGACUAUGAUAUUACAAAAUUUAAAAAAGCAGUAAUUUCCUUAAUGUUAUUUUUCUGAUCGGUAAUUAUUUUUAACAGUCCUUAAUUAUUGUAUGUCGUGAGACACUAAAAUCAAAAACGGGAAUCUCAUUUUAGACUUUAAUUUUCUUUGAGAUUAUUGGCGGCACAAUCACUUUAUAGAAACUGUAAAAAUAGAAUAUCUCCUGGUCCCUUAAUUUUUUUCACAAAAGUUUCUGGCUUUUGAAUAGUUUAUUUAUAUUGUAUAUCAUAGUUUCAACUGUAGACAAUUAUGAUGCUAAUUUAUUGUUCCUUGGUUUCCCCUUUGUAUAAGAUAUCGCCAAGAUGGAAGAAACCAAAUAUACGUGUUUAUUGUAGCAUGUCUUCAAGUUAGUGGAACAUAGUUCAGGGGCAGAGAAGGGUCUUAAUGAAUUAAAAUCAUUCACUUGAUUAAAUGUCUGUAAAUCUUCAUAAUUCUGACUGUAGUUUAUUUAAUAUCUAUUGUAAAUUAUGUGACUUGUAGCUUCCUCUGUUUUCAAGUGAAUUUACCAAGGGCGGAGUCUUACCUGGUUUUCCUUUCCUAGCGUUGUAAGUUGUAUACCAAAGAUAUUAGUUAUUACUUCUGUGUAUACAAAGAGGAUUAUUUUAUAAUUUUCCUUAAUCACCUCUAAUACUUGUCCACAUGAAGGGUACCCAUUAGCUAAGCUGAGCGUCCACAGCUCCUCAUGCAGAGCCUCAGUCGCCUGUGUAAUCAUCAUGGCUCAGAGGACAAUGAAAAACAGCUGGUCAGCCAAGUCCAUACGCAAAGCAUGAAAUCGAACGGCAGCCUCAUGGCUCUCCUCAGUUAGAGACCAAGUUGGCUAGAAGACACAUGGAGAGAAAUGGUGUCAACAGUUAAAGAAAUGGUUCCAUCAUGUAUGUGGAACACGGAUGGAGGCAACUAUGAAAAUUGGGGGAUAGUUAUUAGGAGGGUCUUUAACAUUGCAAAAAAAAACCCAAAAUACAUUGAUUCUGAAAGUCCAUGUUUUUUUAUUUUAAGUAUACAGUACUCCCCACUAAAUAUUAAACCUAAAAAACAUUAGAUAUUGGUAUGUUGUUAAGCUAGUAAAUGACAUCAUGAGAACAGUUAGGAAGAUGGGCAACACAGAGAGUUAACCCACCCUGCUGGUGACAUCAAGGACAGAAGCUGAUGAACAAGAAUGCUCCACAGCCAGCAUCUGUGACCCGUCCAAAGUUGGCCAGUGAAAUUUCUCGUGCUCAUUAUUAACUAGUUUGUAAGCAGACAUUUACUUAGCAACUACCUUAUCAAUUACAGGAUUUAUUAGUAAAAGCAGACUCAACUGGAAAGGUUUUUGGCUUAGCUUUGUUUAUUAUCGUUGGUCUGUGUAAACAGACAAACUGUAAUGUCUGAAUAUUUGUAUUACAUAUCUUCUGCAGCUACCUGGGAUCUGAGUCCAUGCAAUGUUUAAAGUGUGAAGUCGGUUACUUGUUGACGUUUCCUUCCUGUGUCAGUGAAAUACAUAUUGUCAUGUCAGUUCUUGCCAGGAAUUUCUCAACAAAAUGGAAUUUUUUUUUCAGUAUUUCAAUAAAUAUUGAUAUGCCCAGCCUGAUCAUUUUUAAAAGUUUUUAUGCUGUCC